CUGAGAUUGCAGCAGGGUCUGCCCUUCCAGGCAGCAUUGAGCAGCAAGCACUGAGCACAGGCACCCAGCAAGGAGAGAGUGCAGCCUGAGGGACAUCAGGUGCAAAACAAAAACCCAACCUUCCUCCAAAGCCCUUGGCAGAUCUCCCACGGCACUGUUCGUGACCAGUUGGAUGAUGCACCGUUCCAUAAAGACUGGGCUAUCCUACAAGAUGGCGUUAUUCAGCAGUGAUAAUGACUGUGAUGGAAGGUCCCACCUGUCGAUAGCCUGUUGGCCAUGAUAACCAUCAUCGAUAAAACCUCGCCUUACAUAAGCAACAGAGCAACAAGUCAGAUUUCCUUUCACCGUUUGCUGUUCAGGCUGAACCUCAGGAUGGGAUUUUCCGGCCCUGCUGAAAGUCAAUGGAGUUUUGGCCGGGUUGCUGCAUCCCCCACAGCGUAACCGGGAAAUCCCGGGCUCAGCGUCGGCAGUAUAAGAGCCACAAAGGAACUUUGAUCAUCGAUCGUAAAGUGUAAACCGCUUUGCAAGAGGGCCCUGCUGUUUCAUCGAUUCAAUGGAGAAAAGUAGUAAUCAGGAACUCAUAGAAUGGGAUGAAGAAAUGCAGACCAACGUCAACAAGGGAUUUUGCAGCCCGGAUGAUGUUCUGAACCUGUCUGGUGACCAAAUAGACAACGUUGGGCUUGCACAACAUGGCUCAGGAGGUGAGGCCAGCACCAGUUUUGGUGUCCACUAUGUGAGCGGCAUGGAAGAGACAAGUGGCGGGACACAACAUGAGCAGCCCCUCAGUGCUGAGAUGGGUGCCGACCAGCUGAUGAGGGUUCCUCUGAGCUUGAGGGCAGAGCUGCAAUAUGAAAGCCAGUUUGCAGACUCUUCUGACGGUAAACCAGCCAGUCCAUCAGGACGACAAGGAAAGGUUGGACACGCAGAAGCGAUUAGCUCUGAAGAGGGACCAGUCAUCACCAAGCUUGGGCCUGUUCCCCCACACUCCACCCUCACUGAGAAUUCUGCGGAGAAUACGGGCGGCCAGUUGAAUGCGAGUUCUUUUCCCUCUUGCCUGCCAGAGAAUAUUUUAGACGGGAUGAACCUGAAUGUGUCAGAAGUAGGAGGCAGGGAAUUGUUGGCACCUUACACCCAAAAGGAUCAGGGCAUUCACACAAUAAGUACAGCUCAGAGCACUGCCGUAGAUCGGAUAUUGUAUGGCUUUGAUUUAACAUGUGAACGAGAUGGAGACCAAUACACUUCAUUAGACCAGAUGACCUACGAGUAUGAUGUGGCUUGUGGAGAGGAAGAAGUGCAGUACACUUCUUUGGAUCCAGUGUCCUAUAGCUUUGAUGUAUCCUGUGAAGCUGAUGAAGAUUUAAACACUUCAGUAGAUCCAAUGUCAUAUGAGUUUGAAGUUUCUUGCACAAGAGACGAUGAUGAAAUGGUAUGUUUUAGUCAAAGUACCCUCGACGAUGGCAAAAUUGUAGACAUUCCGGCACCAAGUACCGGCAGUGGAAAGGCUAUCAAUGAAGCGCACAGUGCUCUCCAGUCAUGGCCUGGUACAGAGCUGGUUAUAGGACCACUUGAGCAUCAAAGCAAUGUAGACAGCUCUUCCAGUGUUUCACCCUUAAGGAAUGAAGGCAGCUGCAAGAGAAUGGCCGUGACUGAGAUUUGUGUCGAUGCACCUCGGGACCAAAUGCUGCCGAUGAAAGAGGAUCAUCGAACGGAGCAAGCUGUAACAAGUUUGGGGAAGGAUUGUAUUCCUGCAGAAAUGAAGCAAUAUCCGGACUACUGUGAACCAGCACCUGUAUGCUGCCAUCAGUAUCUCAGCACCUCGGAGGACAAGGAACCCAGUCAGUCGGGGAUGGAUGAGCGCUUCAGUAAGCAGCACAAUGGUGGCAGCGCAGAACCAACCAAUACCUCAGUGACCAAUUACACUCUCAGCCUUUGUCAAGCUGCGUCGUGGGACUGCUCGAGCGCAGUAGGCGCAGACUGUGUGGAGAAGCUUCCCCAGUUCCCUACAACCUCUGCAGACCAUGGCAUGGCAUCUUCACGGGCUACCUCAGUACAUUCGAGCGAAAGUUCGUCGAACCUCAGUGGCAGUGACACACUUGAUGUCCCAGGUUCGGGCAGUGCGGAGAGGCCCGAUCUAACUGGCCAGGUGGUCCAAGCUACUGAAAAGGAGACCGAGGCGAUUCAAUCAGCAGCCCCUUUGUUUGCUGCCAGUGCACAAUUGCCUGAUGAUAAAGAGAUGCCUCAGGAAAGCGCUCCUAGUCAAAAUAGGGAAGCCGUGAAUGCAUCUGUGCUGGCCCAAACAGGGCUGAAUGCUAUCCCUGGAGGGAAGGAGGAGGCCGCUGGUGGAGUUGAAAUAUCAGCUGAUGCCUCAAGCCUUGCGUCAGCGCAGCCUUCAAACUCAGGGGAACCCUCCGCUCUAACCUCAACCUCAACGGGAACCAUAUGUCAGCCACCGCCAGAGAUAUUCGGGGCGGGGUAUCUGAAUUCAGCGGAAGAAGGAGUGGGAGCUAGCCCUGGCUGUGACCAAGAAGGAACGUCCAAGCAGCUCUGUCUGGCCAGGCACGAGGAGGGAGUUGCCUCUGAAGAGUCAGGAGGAUUCGCUGAGCCAGCCAUUCGUGCCAAAUCGUCUGCUUCAGUCACAAGCAGAGAGCCGGGACAAAAUUUGGAACAAGUAGACGAUUACGCAGAACCAUCAAAAAUAGCCAGCGACAGGACCCAGUUGCUUUCAGGGAAGAGGAAUGAAAAUGAGGAGCGAUUAGCCAAAGGGAUGGAAGAGUCCAAGAGCAAAGAAUUGCCAAUAGAAUGCAGAGUAAUCUCCAAAGAGACCUCAGCGGCUUUCACCGAUGUUGCUGGGACAGAAUCAGAAGAAACCUUUAAGCCGAGACCGGACCUUUCAAACGAACACAACAAAGUUGCUAAAUACCUGAACGUCACUAGAGAUUACCGGGUGGAUUGUGCCAAACCAUUACUGGCACCUGCAUCGGGGCUAACGUUGCCCAACAUGUGCGAAGGGGAGACACAGUCCCGUGUGACGCCUGCUGCUGUGGCAACGAGGAAUCCUGUGCCCUUGGGCGAACCGUCUCUUUACACGUGCACCAAAUGUAGUGUUUAUUUCCAGGACAGGGAGUACCUGCACAGGCACAUGCUGGAUCACUUUGACGGGCAGGCGGAGGAAGGGUUGGUUGGAGGGCUCCGCCCGUUUGCCUGCCACGAGUGCGGCCAUGCCUUCUGCGACCCGGCCUCCCUUCAGAUGCACCUGAGUCUCCACCAGGAGCGCAGGGCGAGUUUCAUGGAGGCCAUACAGGAGCUGACUGACCCAUGGGCUGAGGGACACGGAGCCAGGCGGCAGGGCACCCUUGGGGCCAGCUCCACAAAGUUGCCGGUGGAGCAUGCCAAGGCACACGCCCAGAAGACCCCUCACCCGUGCCAUCUCUGCACGUUCCAGGCGGCCACAGCCGAAGGACUUCAGGAGCACCAGUGGCGUUCCCAUCCAGGCGGGUUGGAGAAGAGCAGGUCUCUGCGUACUCCCAGUCUCGGAAUGCCACCUCAGGCCGCCAAAACGGACCUGCGUGUGAACAAGGAAUGUCCGUCCUUCAAAAGGACUGAGAGUCUGUAUAAAGACCCUAUGAAACUCGGCCAACCACAGCUCUAUCAACAGAAAGCGGGGUGCCCCCCCACGAGAUCAGCAUGGCCUUCUGCCAGCCAAGGAGCCGCGGAUUCGCAUAGCCAAUCCGAUAAGUGUGAAAGCUCCCCAAGGUUCCUGCCGUCGAGUGCUUUGGGGGAUGGCAAGCCGGAGGGCGCGUCAUUGCCUUCAACCGCAAGAGGCCCUUGUUGCUAUGAAGGUGACCGCCCUCUCCUCUUCCAAGGGGACUUGAAGAACAAAAUGGCGCUCGAAGUUCCAGAUGUGGAGAACGCCAAGCUAAGAACUCACUCGGUGCUGGGCUUAACGAAGCGGAGCGUGCCACAGAAUUCACAGUACAAGCCACCAAUAGCCUUGCUUGAUUACCCGAGCCUGCGAGAAAGUACAGGGACAACCCUUCCCACCUUGGCCAGAGGAAGCUUUGGGUCACAGAAAGGGGCAAUCUAUUCCUCGCAUGGCCUGCAAAAGAAGAAAAUGGAGAUGGUUGGAGAACAUGGCACCAGUCGAGGAAAUGUUCCAUCUUAUAGGACAAUAGUAAUUGACCACUUCUCAUCCAGAAUGACCAACAGUGGAUCUCUGAUCCACAAGGACAUUGUGAAGUUAAAGACCAGUGAAGAGGGAACUGCAGGAAAUAAAAGCUGCCAUGUUUCGUUUGAUCAGCCAGAGAAUCCCGAGCAGAAUGCCUCAGGGUUGACAGAGCACCAAGUUCAGAUCGGUGAUAUAAGAGGUCUUCCUACUAAGAAAGGAAGGCUGUCGACAGAACCAACUGCUGCCUCUUGCAGGCCUAGAGCAGUAAAAAAGCACACACGAGAGCUACUGGAGACCAUCAACCUUCCACAAGAUCUUUCAGUUGACCAACAUCAACAAUUGGUGAGGAUGACUUCUUUAAUAGUACUUGAUAAAAUGGAAAGCCAAUCAGAAGGUGACUCUGUCUUGGAUGAAAAGGAGUUGGAUUCUUCCAUGGAACCCUGGGAGAGCCAAUUGCAAGGUGAAGCCAGGCAGAGCCAGUCACAACACGAAGCUAGGGAGACCCAAUCACAAUCUGAAGGUCGGAAGAGCCAAUCACAACAUGAAGCUAGGGAGAACCAAUUACAGUAUGAAGCUAGGGAGAGCCAAUCACAAUGCAAAUCCAGGGAGAUCCAUUUGCAACGCGAACCCAGGGAGAUCCAUUCGCAACGUGAAUGCAGGGAGAUCCAUUCGCAACACGAACCCAGGGAGAUCCAUUCGCUACACGAACCCAGGGAGAUCCAUUCGCUAUGUGAACCCAGGGAGAUCCAUUCACAACGCGAACCCAGGGAGAUCCAUUCACAACGCGAACCCAAGGAAAGCCAGUCUCAACGUGAACCUGUGAUGAACCAGUCCCAACGCGAGCCCAGGGAGAGCCAGUCUCAAUGCGAACCAGUGGCAAGCCAGUCACAAUGUGAACCCAUGGCGAGCAUGUCUCAACGCGAGCCCAGUGAGAACCAUUCUCAACGCGAACCCGUAGCAAUCCAGUCUCCACAGGAGCCCAGGGAGAAUCAUUCCCAACGCGAGCCCAGGGAGAACCAUUCCCAACGCGAACCCAUGGUGAGCCAGUCUCAGCGCGAGCCCAUCUCUGAAGAAAGGGAAUUAGCUUCUUCUGUGGAAGCAGGGAUAGACAAAGGCAUCUUUUGGGAGGUGCCCAGUGAAGAUCUACCAAUAGAUCUGAUGAAAAAAUCGAAAGACCUCUUAAGCAAGAAUUUACUACGCAUGUUUCCACUGGAAGAAAGAGAGUGUCCUUAUUGUCCAGAUAAAUUCCACACAGGGAUCGGUCUGGCCAAUCAUGUACGAGGGCAUCUUAAGCGAGUUGGCAUCAGCUACAACACCCGCCAUUUCAUUAGUGCGGAAGAGGUCACGGCUAUUGAAAAGGAGUUCUCGUUACAAAAGCUGAAGAGGAAAGCCCUGAAGAUCCGCGGCAGCGCUGUGGAGAAGUGCAACCUGUGCGGCGCCAACUUCGACUCGCGGGCGGGGAUGUCAAGCCAUGCCCGCGCCCACCUGCGAGAGCUCGGCGUGAUGACCUGGAGCGCCACCAGCUCCCCCAUCGACCUGCUCAACGAGCUCCUUCAGGACCUGGUCCCGCCCAGCUUGACUGACGGCCGGUCCAUCCCGGACACCGGCCUCCAGGGAGCCCGUGGCCACAAGCCAGGAGCAGCGGCGGCGGCGGCAACGAAGGCAGCAGGGUCAGAGGGGUCAAACCCUCGCCCGCUCAUGAAACCAUUCGCAUCCGUGAAUAAUAAUUCGCCACCGCUGAGAAACAAGGUGGUGAUAAUUGAUCCUGAUGAUGACGAAAUGUCCACUCUGGAGCUGGAAUUGCCAUCUGGGCAUAGUUCUGGGGAACCCGAACUCCGGGAAAAAAAUGAGUUGUUGGGAACACUGGACACUAACUCGCAAACAACUCCAGUGCAUCCCAAGCAGCCACUUCCCAAAAUUGCCUUGGUGACCCAAGGGGAGGAUUCGCUACAGUCCAACAAGUUGCUGAAUUCCUGUCAGCUGUGUGGCACCUGCUUUGAAACUCGCAAAGGAUUGUCAAGUCAUGCUCGCUUCCACCUGAGGCAGUUUGGAGUGCCGGAUUCAGAAAGCAGUGGUGCCCCCAUCGGUACAUUGUAUGAACUGAUGAAAAGAAAAGGGAUACCUAGCGUUCUACCCUCAACUUUGGCUAGUGAUAAACCGCAGAGCUGUUCACCAAAGGACAUGUCUGGUUUAAAACAAGAAGCUCCCGGUAAACCACUCGGGGAGGAGUGUCAGGGAGAAACAACACAUAUAGCUAAAUCGCCAAAGUUGGCCAUGAACAGUCCACCAAAGGGCCAGUCUCAGGCAGGAUCAUCGACACUCAAGAAAGUGCAUCCCAUUUUGCCAAAGCCAAUGUCCAGUAAAUCUCCAGAGCAAGGGAAGACAGGUAGAUCAUUGAUGAACACCCCUCAGACGUCAGGAGAGCUACUGUCAAAAAAGCUGUUUUGGUCCCCCCAAGAUGACAAUACACCUUUAAACCUCACAGUAAACAGUGAACACAUAAGCUGUCGGUUGUGUGGUGCCUGCUUUGAAACCCGGAAGGGGCUGUCGAGCCAUUCCCGAGCUCACUUGAGGCACUUUGGAGCGGUGGAUGUGGAUUCUAAAGGAUCUCCGAUUGAAGCUUUAAAUGAAUUCAUUAAGAAAAAAGGGAUACAGAGCCCUUUGUCAUCCAUGCUGCCGAUAAAGAAAGCGCCCAGCUACCCUAAGGUGUCUGCCCUCAAAGCGGAAAGGACCAAUUUCAAGUUAGGGGCACCAGUCAACAAGAAAACAUCUCUAACAUCCCCUUCAAUGUCAACACAGAAAAAGCUGAAGCAAGUCACUAUGAGUGUGCAUAUGGAAUCUGGGAUUUCUCAGGCUUCGAGACCUAAUAAUGAGCUGACUUCAGAAACUUAUUGGCCAUCGUCACCUAUAAAUCUGUCAAUUGAUUCAGCACCUAGCAAAGAGACGCGUUGUGAAUUUUGCGGUGAUUACUUUGAGAACCGCAAGGGGCUGUCGAGUCACGCGAGGUCACACCUGAGGCAGUUUGGGGUGACUGAAUGGACAGUUAAUGGUUCGCCAAUAGACACAUUGAAGGAGCUUAUGAAAAGGAAAAUGUAUCCUCUCGAAUCAUCCGCCACAUCCGAGCUCAAAAUGCCCUCGAAGCCGGCAACUAGUUUGAAAUCACCAACACAGGGCAUGCAAAGUGAACCUUUCUCGCCCUCUCCGGGUAAAUCAUCCAAGUUUAGCCUGACCAUUCCGUCCGUCAGGCAGGUUCCAUCGGGAUCACUUGUGCCCAAAAAGAUUCAGGGGCAAUUUCUCUCCCCGCCACCACUGAAAAAGCUGAAGCCGACCCCACUGAAAAAGGUGAAGCAAGAACACUUCAAAGUAGAAUAUAAUCCCGAGGAGCCAGCAACCUCGCUGAAGAGCGACAGUUAUUUACCAGAACAAAUGUGGUCACCCAGCGAAGAUACUUCACCUCUUCGUUUAACGGUUGAUCAGCCUAGCAAGGACGUCUGCUGCGAAUUCUGUGGUGAAUACUUUGAGAAUCGCAAGGGGCUUUCGAGUCACGCCAGGUCACACCUGAGGCAGUUUGGAGUGACAGAGUGGACUGUGAAUGGUUCGCCAAUUGAUACGCUGAAGGAGCUGAUGAAGAGGAAAGGGAAGCCUGAGCCACUUGGUCAUGAGCCAAUGCCACGGGAGCUACAGCAAGAGGCUGAAAACUACCUGUAUGAGGAAAAACCCAUUUCCAAGCCGUUCGGGCAGCUCGUCAAAUCAUCUGCCAAGGAGAUGCAGCAUAAGCAUCUGACACCUCCAGCAAGAAAAGUGUUAACCUACACACCCAACAGCCAACAUCCAACUGGGUCGCCACUGGGGAAGAAGAUACCAAUGGGUUUCGUGUCAACUGCACCACUAAAGAAACCCAUGUUAGAUGAAAGAAAUCUGACACCAGAAUUUAAACCCAGCUAUACUCCAGAAUCGGGCUUGUUUAAGCCAAAGACCACAUGGUCCCCGCAGGAGAAGGUGGCGACGAGUCCAGUAAUAGCCACAGAUACUUGCUGCGAAUUGUGCGGCCACUACUUUGAAAACCGGAAAGCUUUAGCCAGCCAUGCCAGAGCCCAUCUCAGACAGUUCGGGGUGACUGAAUGGCACAUCAACGGCUCGCCGAUAGACACCCUGAGGGAAUGGAUCCGCCAGAAGCCCAACAUUGGCACGGGUGCUUCCCUGAACUGUGUGCAGGACCGCCCUCUUCCAAAACCCAUCAAAAACAAUAUCAAAUCUGUGGUUAAGGAGCUGUCGGGGGAGCUGUGUUCUCUGCCAGGGGGUAAGACGGUGAAGUUGGAGCCAAUGCAGCCCAAAACAGUAGAGCUGGGGUUUCCGGCCUCACCGGUACAGAAGAAUCCAGAGACAGAAAAAAUGCCUCCGACAGAGUGCUACAUCCCCACAGAUCUGAGCCAAGGCAGCAUAACUGAGUGCACCCCGAGCUCCUCUAUGCCAUCUGAGGACGAUGAGCCACAUCCAAAGAAAAAGAGAAGUCGGAAGACGGAGGAGGGAUGGGGAUUUUUCACCACCUGUCAGUGGAUCAGAGAAAAGCACCCAGUCAAGUUAGGAACCUGUGAGUAUUGUGGAGUGACACUAACCACGGGUGUAGGCCUCUCCAACCACAUGCGUGGCCAUCUGAAAUCUGGAUUGAAAAGGAAGUUACCGAGUCUGUCUCAGUUUGAGGAACUCCACGAAAAGGCUGAACCUGCACUCACCGACACAUACUACGAGCGUAAGCAGCAUAAACCAGUGGUAUGUACAGAGAACGUGUCACCGAAGCGCGAGGAAGGGAAGGAGCCAAAGACGUUCAGGCCAAAAUCAGAGGAGCCAAGACCUCUCCGAGUGAGACCCGUGAUCUUUCCGGUGCCGAAACCUGAACCCCUCUCACUGGUGAAGUUUAUAGGAAACAUCUACACUCUGAAAUGCAGAUUUUGCGACGUGGAGUUCCAUGGUCCCCUCUCAAUUCAGGAAGACUGGGUGAGACACCUGCAGCGACACAUCCUGGACAUGAACUUCCCAAAGGCAGAGGCUGCCCGCGAAGAGAUCUGCGUGUCCACCGAGACGGGGAAAUAGGCUGAAUCCAUUGCCCAUGUGGAUAUGUGGCUGUAGCGAGUAAAACUAUUAAGUGUUUCCCCUCAUCAUCAUCGUCAUGGAUAGCAGGAAAAGAGAAAAGGGACCACAUGCAGGUUGCUGCUGAGCUGCAGAUCAUUGCAUGAAGGCAAAAAUGAGUGACUGUGAGCAGAAGGUUUGGACAUAAUGCACUUCUAUGUACUGUGAAACCGCGGGAUCGCAAAUCUUACUGGCCUAACCUUGGGCUGUGUGUCACCCAAACCUGCGGGGUAGUGGCGCAAGGUAGUGGUACAAGGCUGGUUUGGUAUGAUAUGAUAUGCGCUGACCUUUGCUGAUGGGGUGGUUACCUUGCAUGCUGUCAGCCUGUAGUCGCAGAUCGGAGGUGAGCACUGCAGCAGCGCAGCCCAACACGGAACCAAUAAGCAGGAAAUUCAGAGCAGGUGCACCAGCAUCUAAAGGAUUAAUGUGUCAGUUGGGACCCUUCUUAUUGGUUCAUCAGCACAGCGCUGACUGGCGAUAUCUAUUUCGACGCCUUCUGGGGAAAGAGGAGCCCGGACCACAUUGAAUCUUUUAAAACUUCCCAGCUUAGCAGGAACAUCGUCCUGUUGGGUGAUCAGAGAGCUGCUGCUUUCUGUUCUGAGUAUUCAAGGUUUUUAUAACAGUAACACUGCAGUUGAUACAGUCUCUCCACGCUCUCACCAAGUGGACGAGUAUAAUGCCCGCAUGUAGGUCGACCCAUGUCCUUCAGUAACGCAAUUUCAAUGGGCAUGUAGCUUGGGGAUGGAUAGGACAGUCAUGACUCUGAGAGGGCAGUUUAUUCCUCUAACUCCAAGAGCUAAAUCUGCAUUUUUUUUCAGUAACAUGUUUAUAACUCAUCCUGUUGGAUGUUUCAUAGCGUUUAGUUGCUCUUUUAAUAUUUGACAAAGGACCUGUUUUUAGAAAUGCUUAGGUCACAAAGUGGCAAGACAUCACAUAAAAAUGUAAGUGUAUGUUAUAGUCGAACUGUAAAGAUGUUUUUUUUUUUCCUUUCAUCCUCUCGUAUGUGCUAGGUGAUGGUUGAUUUUUAGCAAAGUGUGAAGCAGGUUUUAGAAUCUUUGGUCAUGUUCCCUUUCACACCUGAGAAUCUCUUGGCAUCUUGUGGUCUGACCAGCCGUGAAUUGAAGCAGGUGGUGGAAGAUGCCGCUUCAGGGCAGUUGGGCCCCAGAGGCUGUGCAGCCCCUGAUGGGCUGGCCCCUGCGGACACCACGCUCUCACCACUGCCUCAGUAAACAUUGUCUGGGCUACUUGCCUCUAAAUGGUAACACUUCCAAGUGUCCUUCCUGCUGCUGCGAUAGUGCACCAGUCACUGGUUCUCUGCAAACCAGAUAUAGCUGUGGGGAGGAAGGGGAAGAAGGUCUUCUCAAGGCUGCUCACUAGGAAGAUGCUCAUCAAACUCAAAUUCUUCUCUUCCCCCUCCACUCCCCACCGAAAAAACCCUGUCUGUCUGACGGCCCCCUCUUUUGGUUUGAAAGCAGAGCACAAAAGGCCGUUUGUUUUUAUUGAAACUGUUCGAUUUAAAACUUAUUGUUUGUGGUCACUUUCUGUUUUCAGUGUUGUGAUGUGAGUCUAUGCAUCUAAUGCAAUCAGACUCCCUGUGACCAAAAAAAAAAAUCUUGUUACCUGUUUGUUCCUGUGACUAUGUAUUGUUGUAACAUGGAGUGUAAUGAAAUAUACCUUCAUAACCAAAGGUGCUAUGAGAUUGGUUGCUAGGUAUCCCAGAAUAAGAUUUCAUUUUGAGAAUGGACUGCUGUGUCAACACAUGUACAAAAGCUCCUAGGCUGAACUGGUGGAAAUUCAAACUGUACCCGUUUAAAUCCACUUUCAGCAUUCAUUUGUGUGAUAUAGUUUUAAUUUUGUUUAAUUUUUUUGUGUACUGAUGUCAAUGCGCUCCAGGAAAGAUCACAUUUUAUGCAUUUUAACAUCGUGUGAUGCUGUUAAUUCAUUGUCUGAAACCGCUACCAUCACUGCCAAACCUGUCACCAUCAGUGCUUCUUCCUCAUGUUACAUGCUCCCUCCAAAUGUUCAGCACUUGCCCAGAGAGACCUAACCCAUCAUUGUAGAACUGGGAGCUUCUAGCAAUUCCGAUGGACAUGGCCUAUGCAGAUCUGAACAUGCCCACCAUCAAGUUGUAUGAAAUCCUAAUGACAGCCCUGAAAACCUUGUUUGAGCAAACCCUGGAGUUUCAGUUGCUUACAGGAAGAUGCCUCCCUCCGCAUACCACCCCCCAAGUGAGUUGAUGUGAUUGUGUACAUGGGGAGCAUGCAUUGCGGAGUUGGAUACAGUUCUUAACAGGAUUAGAUUUGGGUUGUAUUCCUAGUAUUGAAAAUCCAGAUUAAGGUGAGUCUCUCUGAGAAAUGCAAAGCCAUGUCCUGCCAGAGUCACUGUCCAUAGAAAAUGUGUCUUCUGGAAACACCAAAACGCACCUCAGGAGUUGGUUUCACUAGGCACCUCUGAUCACAGUGAGCUGUUGCUGGGGAUGGCAAAUGGCUGCUCUGUUGGUGCUCAUGUUGAGCUAGUCGUUAUGGUCCUGAUCACAACAAGGAGAUGUGCUGAGUUACGGUCCAGCAGUUGAGAAAAGGUGGGCAUUAAAUUGUGCUGGGUAGUACAUUCAAAUCUCUGGUUAUUGCUGCAAAACCCUUCCAUUCGUUGACCAUUGGCCACUGAAGUAUUCGCAGUGUGUAGGUCCAAAAUACACACCCAGGGUGAGUGGCUUAUUAAUGAGAGCAAGAACACACUUGGCAGGGAAAUGGAAAGUCAUUUCUGCUCAGGUUCCAGGUAAUACAAUGAAGGGUUUGCCCUCCUAACAGUUUGAUUGUCAGCAGCCCACGGGGUAGUUCAUUUGACAUUUUAAAGUAUGCUGGAAACCUCUUGUGCCCUUAUCCUUGAAUUUACUAGGUUGUAGGGGAUUUAUUUAAGCUUCCCUCCCCUUACUAUAUAGUGACUGGACUGAUCACUGAAUUCAAUAGGGCUUUAAGCUGUUUAACAUGCCUUUGCUUAACUUUAACUUUCAGCACCCCACCUACAUUUCUUCAGUAUGAGUAAGCACAUAGGAGAUAGCAGGUUGAAGAUUAAACAGUGACAUUGUGUUUCAGAGAACCAUGCCGAACAGGAGGAGGCCAUUCUGAGCUUCAUGCCUAUACCAGCUCUUUUGAAAGAGCUCUCCAAUUAGUCCCACUCCCUUGCCCUUUCCCCUUAACCCUGCAAGUUUUCCACCAUCAAGUAUUUAUUCAAUUCUCUUUUGAAAAUUGUUACUAAAGUUUCAGUGGUCAGUGUCUGAAAUGCUGUAGGAAUGACCAGUUAAUUCCUCCCAAACUUUAAAGGAACCUUCAGGGUAGUUGGCGUUGACUGUUAAUAUUGGUUUUGAGGGUUGAAGCAUUUGCGCAGUUCAUCACUUAACUGAGCUGGCAAAGCUCAGACUUAACUCUGAUGAAGAAAGCACCAUCUUACAACCAACUUAGAAAAGGAUCGUUCAUGGUCAUUUUUCUAAGAGUCUGAGAGGAAUUUUAAAAGAAUAUUUUGGAAACCUGAAUACUGUGUACAGUUUCUUAGAGCUGGAUGGUACCUCUAGUAGUGGUUGAUGUGCUCGUAUUUUGCUGCAAGUUUCUUAUUGUUUUAUUGAUGCAGUGGAAACUUUUUAAAAUGCUUACUAUUCCUUGUACUAUAACCUGAUGUUCUCGCAUGUAUUAUGAAAUAUUAUUGAUUCUCAUCUGUGUUUGUAUUUUAACCUGAUCUUUUUUUUAAUACAAGCGUUACCACAGUACGAAUGGGGUUUGCAUUUUAUGCAGCUUUCAAUUUCUUUGUGCUCAUACCAAGAUCUUUCAGAGGUAAAUGUUUGUCUCUUGUUUCAGGGUCCUGAUUUUAAACAGUUUCUUUACUGCAAUACCAGUGCUGCCAUUUCACCAUCUGCUGGCAGAAAUAUGACACUGCAUGGCCUGUGCCUGAACGGGGAGAGGGGGUGGGGUAAACACUCUUAUGAAUGCUGUGGUAUUUCAGAAAGUUCACAUUUAUUCAUUCCUUCCUUACUGUCCUCGCCUUAAUUGUAGCAAGUAGAUGUAGGGAUUAGUUUGCAAGUUGUGGUAAGUACAUGGGAUUGUGUGAUAGGUGGUGCUAGUUUGUGGGGUGCAAGAUGGUGUUGCAGGCAACUUGGGGUCCAGUGGGCUCCAAUUUAAUGGGCUGGCUAACAAGUAAAUUGGUAACUUUUAGCAAAGACAAAUGAUCAAAAACACCUGAAAAUUAACAAAGAUGCUUUAUGUUCAAGCAUAGGGAUUUUACCAUUAAUCUAGAGGUCAACAUCAACCCUUUUGAUAAAAAUGAGUCCAAUGGUAAUAUGUAAUACCUGUUUUUUAAUCACUGGAUUAAACAAAUUGAGAACCUGCCUUUUAGUCAGAGAGGGGGGAUUUAAGGGAGGAGGGAUGGGUUUAGGGAGGGUAUUCCCAGAGCAUGUGGGUGUAGCGAUUAAAAUUCUGGGAAAAUGUAUCCUAGAGUUAAUCUUAAGAGUUAAUUAGUACUGUCAAGAUGUUAUGUGACUCAACAUCUGUCUGUAGAAUUUUGCUGGACUCCGCAGAGCUGCUCCUUUUAUGUGCCAACCAUUUAUCAUUUCUGAAAAACAAGGGGUGUGUGCAAGGGCAUAGAACUCUACACCAACAAUCCAGAUCAAGGCACAGAGCAUCUUAUCGAAGUAAAUUCCCAAAAGAGGACAGGCAGUAAAUAUAAUCAUUCUUCGUCAGAGUUUAUGGUAACCUGCGUAACUGGAAAAUCAUAAGGAUAUCUCUCGCCUAGCUUGUCAGCUUUCUCUAAUGGUUCAUUGGGUAAAUCACCCUGUGGUGUCCUGCAGGCCAGAAGGGUUCUAGGUUUAAUUCCCAGUCUCUGUUGAACAAGCUAAUCUCAGUCAUUAUUCCAGUUACAGUUCCUGCUCAUGGCUGCUGAAAAAUGAGUUGUGGAUGUUGGCUGAGAACAGGAUUUGCGUCACCGCUCCUCGCGGUUCAGUAACUGUCUAGCUUUAAGCAUUGCUCGAGGUGUGGGACAGAAUGUAGGAGCUUAUGAAAUUCAGUACAAUAAAAUUGAGCACAUUCAAGAUGAUUGGGAAACUGGAUGGAAAGGAGACUUUUUUUUCUCUAAUGCAGAUAGAAUAGCCCCUCUCCCAGAUGAAAUAUUUUCCCUGCCAUCACAGGAACAGUUACAGCAGUGGAAAAUUGAGAGUCCCUAAAUGGUGUAGAAUGUGCUAGUAAUUCAAUGGGAGUGCUCUUAGAGCACUCUUAGACUCCCUGGUCUUUCCCACCCACACCCAAGUUAACUGGACACCAUUAAAUCACGUCUAUGCCAAGGUACAGUGAUCCGAUUCGUUAGGAUUCUUGAGAGCAUGAUCUGAAACUCUUCCUGUGCACACUGAGCUGGGAGUAAAACCUGAGAAUUGGAGGCUAAACUGAUGACCCAUCAUCUGGAACAUCCGAAAUGAGUCUGUUGGAAAGUCUGAAUGCACAGCUGUGAAUCUUCGAACUACAUAGUCUUGUAAAUAUCUCCCCACCCCUUGCUCUUCGUUUUCUUCAGUUGCUUUGUGGUUGUAGAAUUAAUUUGUAAUUUACUGAUAAUUCUCCUUUCAUAAGCUGGUGGAGCCUGUGCAGAAUUGCCAAAGUGAUGUAGUGUGGCACAGAUGGUGAGAGGUUGGGUUGCUUAAUCUAUCAGCCUGGCGAUCUCCAGUGACUCAAAAUUACCAAGGAGCUUUAAGGAGUUAUUUUCACUAAAUUACCUAACCCAUAUCACAAAUAACCCAUCUGUGCUUCAUUAGCUGUUGACUCCUUUCUGGGAGCAUUAAAGUGAGCAACCCAGUACACAAACACAGAAAAAAACCUGCAGUUGCCAGAAUACUCAGGCCGGCCCCCAUCUGUAACUCAUCCAGAUUAACAUUGUGUUCUCGAGUGCUGGCUAUUGAAGAGGGGAGGGAGGAUAGAGAAACACACCCAGAAAGUUAACCUACCUUUUCUUAUUUCAGAUGCAGACUAGUCAGCCUUGUGUUUCCAGCUUUUAUUGCUGCUCCAAUAGAGAUGGCUGUUACACAGAGUACUUUCAUACAUGCAUAUGUUGCUAUGUUUUGCAGACUGACACUUUGACCUAAAAACCAAUUGGAGCCAGGCUCUUGCUUUUUUCAAACCCUUGCACUGCAAAUCUUACAAUUUGUUUUUACAAUAGCAUGUGGCAACUCCCAUUGAAUAGCCUAGCAGACAUGUCUGAAUAUCAUUGCUCCCUUGAAAUUUCUGAUUCUCCUCCCCCUCCCCCUGCCAAAAUGGGAGUCAUAGGUUACAUGCUGAGCUGAACUUGAAUGGAGCCAUAAGCAGGACUUGAUAGCGUGUUUGAUCAGAGCACGUCAGCCAAGGUUGUGGUUUGCCAAAUUGCUGUUUCGGAAGAAAUCCUGAGCGGUCAGAUUUCCUCUCUUUGAAGUUCAGUUUUAGGACGUGGAGGCUACCUUAUUUGGGGAAUUGGCAUCAACUGUGAUUUGGUCUCCUAUUCAUAUUUCUUCGGGGGCAGGGAAAUCUGUUUUUCAAAGUGUCAAUGAAAUGUAGCCUGCAUGUAAAUAUUAAUCAACAGUUCAUUUUCUGAUGAGCUAUUUUUGUGGUUGCAUUUCAAAGCUUUCCUGUAUUUGUGAGUGAUGUCCAGCCCAUUCUAUUAUUAUCCCUCUCUAAAUAUUGUUUUAAAAAAAAUUGUCAAACCUGCUUUUGUAUAGAUGUAUUUUGUAGGUUGAAAGUCACUUUUACACUUGGAAUUCUAAUUCAUGGUCUUAAAUGAAGUGUUUCACUGAUGCCAGCUAUAUGAGGAUGCUAAAGACAAGCUUUUUUAUAUAGAAGCAACAAUGCCCAGCAUAGAACAAAGAUCUCUAAAAUAGAUAAAACAGGCAUAGGCCUGAUAUUAGCCAUUGCAUUGAGGUCUUGUUUUUUUAAAAUAAUUUUAGUUGUAAUUUUAUAAAAUAGUUUUGACCUGUGGCUUAUGCUUUCCUGGAGUCAUUUGUAGUACUUAAAACAAUUUGUGAUGGUAGAAUAUAGUCCCAUCAUAGAGGGUAGUUAAGACCCAAGAGUCAUGAGCCAGAUGGAAGACCAGUAAAUGGAGCAGCUGUGGCAAGGAAACUAUGGCCGCUGUCAAGAUAUGACUAAGAUAAACUCCCCUGCUGGUGUAUUCUGUACAGGCAGCUGAAGUAUAGAAGUUCUUGCCUCCAAAUGUGGUUGCUAGAAUGUAAGCUGUCAAGAAGCACAUGAACACUUAGGAUUUAUUGUCCUUGCUUUGUGUAUGUGCAUGUGGUGUUAUUCUUAUAGGUAAGUUUUUUUUUCCCUCUUUGCCUCUAGGAGGUGCAGAAGCUUCUCAUUUCGGUUGCUUACUGAUCAAAUCCUUCAGUGACUUGAAGCACAGAUACUUCCAUUCUUCAGCACAGUGUGAUGUAGCUAGGACUUGGUAUUACCUUAAAUCCAUCUUCAUUCAGUAUUACCCUCCACAGUAAGUGUGUUUUUGGUAUUGGGGAGCCAUCACUAUAUCUGGAUGGUAUACUGAAUGAUUUUCUCUACAUAUAAACAUUUUCCAAGCAGGGUACAGUAAGAUGUGUUGAUCCUAAUUAACUGGCUUUUCCCCCUCCCCUUUACUUGGGUCAUUCAGUUAGAUUACUAACAGCAGAGGUUAAUCAUUAAGAUACUUUGUUUUAAAGUUUGAUAUCCAAAACCAAUGCCCAACAGCUAUGGUGAAAUUGUGUUGAAGCUUCAUUAAGCUUCACGUUUUUAAUACAACCUUUAAACUCUACUGCUGCUUACUUUAUCCUGAGCUGUGCAGGUUCUGUUGCUGGGGUUAGUGGAACACACUUGUAAUGACAAACACUGCAUUAUUAUUUUUUAAAAUAUGUAUACUUGAUUGCACACAGCCAUAAAGGACUGUAUUUACUGAUAUUUGUACUUGGGAGUUGUUUAUAAAUUUAGAUGACAAAGCUUCCAAUAAUUUGUGUAUAUGCCCCAUUUUGAUUCAACUUUCCACACUAAUUUUUUUGGUUCUUAAACUGUUGAGGUUAACAUACCAAACUGGAAGCUGGUGCCUCAGAGCUACAAACUGUUACUGCUGUACAUGUUACUGAAGGUUGUGUAUCCAUUUACCCUAAAUAAACAAUGAAAUAUAAA